AUGCCUCCCAUAAGUCUCGACGAAAUCGUCCACUAUCGUCCGCCUACCGAAAAGAAACAGUUUCAAGGGCCACAGUCCAUCAGUUUAUACCCUCAGAGUUAUUCAAAUCCAUCAUCUGAGGGUCUCAUCCUAAGCCGUCCUUUCCCGCCGAAUCAAGUCUGGCCGUCGGGCUCUCCUUUAUCGGCACAUGAACAGUGUCCUCAGAUGAUUCCUCGCUCACCAGUUGAAUCCGUGCCGUCAUUACCCCUCACUGAGCCUGCUGGGGAGGUGGCUUUAGAUUUGUCGGAUGAGAAGGGCAUGGAUUUUCCGAAUGUGACACUAGGGGAAGAUACCGACGGCCCAAUAUCGAACGCUCACUGGUCUCAAAGUGAUUUAUUGAAUGUUUUCGAUGGGGCGUCACUUACAGAUCUAGGUGACCUUUAUGAUAACAGGAGUCAGGAUUAUAGGCGGUGCCAGGGCACCCAUAUGGCUCCUUUACAACAUCCUGGCGAACAAGACAGUGUUAAAGAUCCCACUGUUUCAAUCUUGGCAUCGCCCGAAGAUGAUCCUUUACCCGCGGCCGAAGGAAAUGAAAGUGAAAACAAAACAUUGCCUUCUAUAUUUGCAGACUCACCCAAAGUGGAGGACAGGAUUUUGCAAGAUUCCAGCACCAUUGUGUCCGCUACCACUAAGGAGCAUCUCAAUAUAACAACCAACGAACAUUCUUUGAGCUCUACGGAUGAAAAGAACCCUGAUUCUUCAUUUGGCCUUCUGUCUGGCGAAGUUUCCCCGUCAACUGGCGAUGCCGAAGCUGGUCGCCAGUUUUCACGAACAGUGAAGAAAUACCCCCCCGGGGAAUGCGGUGGCCACUCGAUUUUAGAAUUCUGCAAGAGUAUUCAAGCCGAGGCAAAUGAAGCAGUAUUUACUGAUUCUGAGAACGAGCAUUCUCACAAAGAAAUCGAAAUCCCGUCGACAUCAUGUGAGCCUAACCAAACCAGCUCGUCAGGGCGUCGUUCCAUCUCCAUGUCACCUAUAUCACAGCGUGGUCAAGGUCAGUCAAAAUGCAACCGAACCGAUACAGAUGCAAAUUUGCCUUCAGUGUCGGAGCUUCAUUCUGUCGUCAUCACCAAUUCACGUGUCAGAGAGCGAGACAUGAGGAAAACCGCACCAUUAGCCCCAACAUCCCGUCCAAAAAGAAAGCGAGGCCCAUCUGCGUCAUCACAUGACGGCAGCUGCAGCAAAGGCUCUAGUGACGCUGAUGAUACGGACGACGUCAGCGAAAGCUCUAUUCUAUCCAAACGAUCGAAAAAAGCUGGGCGGGCGGCAGUACAAAGUUCUCUUGCUCAUCUACGACAAAACAAAAAUACUCGUCACAACCUCCCCUCUCAGCGUUGCGUAUCUCGGGCCUCAAAAAAUGAGGAGUCCCACCUCCAAAUGCCGAGGGAUCGGCAUCUCAUAUCUAGUCUAUCCGAUAUAGAGACAAUUCCCAUUCGAGGUUUCCUGACACGGGAAAUACUUCUGUCGAAGGUUGUGUAUUCAAUUACCUUUGAGGAGCGAACAGAGCACACCUGCCUGCAGGAACCCGAUGAGACUCCACCAGAUUGUGAACGUAAAGCUCAACGCAGAAAGUUACCUCGGCAGAAAAAGCAGCAGGUUGGAAAAUCAAUUAGACCAGCUCGAAUUCUCUCUAAAGACGAGCUGUCUAGAGACGACGAGCUUUUGAUCGAAUUGAAGGAAGAGAAAGGAUUCAAGUGGAAAAAAAUUGGAGAAUAUUUCCCUAACAGAUCAGUCGGCUCACUACAGGUGCGGUAUUCUACACGCCUCAAGAGCCGGCGUGGUAGAAGACUUGAGUGCAGUGAAGAUCCCAAGAACCAGAGCGCACACGGCAGAUCAUAUCGGGAAGAACCCUGUCAACGCAGUGGAUUUUCAGCGACGAAUGUUAACGGCCACGCUACCCAAAGGCCGUUGAGCCAGCGAUACGGUCCACCUCGGCGCAGACAAGUUGUCGACCGUUACUCCCCAGUUUGA